AUGGGCUAUCGGGCUCUAGUUGACGAGAAGGAGAGGUAUGAGAAGGCAGUGAUGAGGAAACGUGAGGGAGCGAGGCUGAUGGAGAAGGCAAUUCACUCAGUGAUGCGUAACGUCGUCAGUGAUACCGUGCGGCGGUGGUGCGUCUCAGUGGCUCGUCGAUCCCGUCAUUUGGGUACCUGCAGAGUGGGGGAGGUAUGCGACUCACCUAUGGAGGAGAAGAGUCACCGCGGUAGGGAGGAGGCCGUCGUGGUCAGUGAGGAGGCUGACGAGGUCAGUGAGGAGACGGCCGAGGUCAAUGAGGAGACCGCCGAGGUCAAUGAGGAGACCACGGAGGUCAAUGAGGAGACCGCCGAGGUCAGUGAGGGGAUUGUCGAGGUCAGUGAGGGGACCGCCGAGGUCAAUGAGGAGACCGCCGAGGUCAGUGAGGAGACCGCCGAGGUCAGUGAGGGGAUUGUCGAGGUCAGUGAGGGGACCGCCGAGGUCAAUGAGGAGACCGCCGAGGUCAGUGAGGGGAUUGUCGAGGUCAGUGAGGGGACCGCCGAGGUCAGCGAGGAGACCGUGGAGGUCAAUGAGGGGACCGCCGAGGUCAGUGAGGAGACCGCCGAGGUCAGUGAGGAGACCGCCGAGGUCAGUGAGGAGACCGCCGAGGUCAGUGAGGAGACCGCCGAGGUCAGUGAGGGCACCACCGAGGUCUGUGAGGGGACCACGAAGGUCAGUGAGGAGGCCGGCGAAAUUAGUGAGGAGGCUGACGGGGUCAGUGCUGAAGCGGAGAACGAGGUGAGAGUAUCAGCGGAAGGGCCGUUGAAAGGUGAUAACCCGGAUGUACCCGAUAACGUCUUGGGAGCACCACAUCCAUCUUUUGAUGAGACUAUGACGGCCAUUGGUGAGAGGGUCUCCCAGCCGUCUUCUCAAUCGUCAGUGGAUACUCUCAAAUCUAACCGCAGCCUCAUAGACGAGGCCCCUGGGGAGCUCAAAUGGGAAGUCGAAGAGGGAGAGAUGAGAACAGCGAGUGGCGCAAAUCUUGAGACUCGCGAGGACGUUGACUACUCAUCGGCAAAGGAAAUCUCUAGACACGUAGUGGCGGAACUGGGUGGGCUUGAGGUAUCGGUAUUUGAUACGGCACAUGAGCAGCAGCAGGAGCAGGAGCUUGCUGUCACUGAGGAGGCCACAUCCUUCUGUCGGGAGUUGUCCGCGGUCGGUGAAGUUGUGGAGGAGUUGGAUGGUGGUGUGCGCUCCGAAGAUGUUCGAGUAGCAUGGAGUCAUCCUGGGGGUAUCUUAGGGUUGAGCGAGCAAGAUACGGAAGAGGCCCAGUCAAGGCCCGCAAGUGAGCAUGGCAAGCAAACUGAUGGCAGUCCAUCCCCCUGUGAAGAGCUGACGUCGUCUGUACAGCAACCUGCAGUCAGCACAGAAUCCAACCCGUCCAUCAUUCGGCACGCCAAUGAUGAACAUUGGCCGGCCCAAGUCGAGAGCCCCGAGUCAUUCAGUGGGGCCGGGAGGAAAUCAUUGACGACCGUUGAGGAAAUGCAAGACGACAAGUUUGAGAAGAACGUCGCUUUUCAGAAGCACUUUAAAGUUCCUCCGUUGCCACUUCAGCGAGUCACGAGGACUGGCCGGAAGGCGGUACGGCUCCCCCCUCCCACAAGAGAUUGGGAAACUAUCGAGUUUACAGACUCAUCACCAGAAUGA